GACAGAACAUGUCACUGGGUUAUUUUAUUUAAUCUGUGGUAGUUCUAGUAAAUAGAAAGAAGAAUCGUGGAAAUUGACGAUUGCCAAAAAACUGUGAAAAUUAUUCGAUGAAAUUUAUUUUUUUAUAGUAAGACGUACAAAUUAAAAUGUUUUAAUUCCAUUUUACCUCGUAAAGUGAUAUUUUAAAGCGACAACCAUGGAUGCUGCAGUUUCGAAGACGAAACAUCGUGCGGCGAUGGGCAUGCUGGCAGUUUGCAAUGCGGGCUCUCUGGCAGCCGCAACCAACCUAGUCAUCUCAUUAAACCCUGAAGACAAAAUUACAGUGAAGCGCGGCGCUGCGCUGACGGCACUCGGCUUCGUCUAUUUCAUGACGUUGUUCGAGUUGCUCAACUCAUUGGCGCUGUCCACCGGCGCCGGCGCACGCUUCAGACACAAGUACCGGCUCAGCUGUGGUGAUGUGCUCGACAUUACCAACAAGUUAGUAUCAGCGGUGCAGGCAGCUCUGUCGUGCGUGACUGGGGCAGUGGUCUGCCUCUGGUCGUGCACCCGUGACUUCAUGAGGAGCUCCCACUAUAUGUCCGAGGCCUACGCCUGGUUUGGCGCCGCAUACUUCUUUUACGACAUAUGGAGCAUGUAUAUGGUGCAUGUCCAAAUGAACUCUAAUCCAGACGUGACGGCGUUAAAACGUCGUCCGUCUAAGAACGGCUCGGCUCCACUAUCGUCCGGUGACGGCGUGGUAUUGAAGAAACAAGGCCCUACCUUCCUGGAUUACUGCAAGCACGAACCCGUCAUACUGAUGCACCAUCUCUUCAUCGGAGGGUUCGGGUUCCUUGUUAUUGUGUAUCUUCGCGGUAACCUGGGCGACUGUACAUUCGGUUUUGUGUACUUGAUGGAACUGUCGACGCCAUUCGUGUCAGUACGAGGAAUCUUAUCUCGGCUGAGGCUAAAAUCGUCUCGGCUGUACGUUGUUAACGGCAUACUCAUGUUGCUUACUUUCUUCGUGUGCCGGGUACUCAGCUUGCCUUACAUCUGUCUCAUAUACAGUCGAGUCAUGGGACUGUCUUAUGUUGAUGCUAUAAGAUCCUUGCCGACUGGCUGUAAGAUAUCAAUAUGCAUCUUACUGCUACCCCAGCUGUACUGGUUCUACUUAAUGUCGGCGGGUGCCUUGAAGAUGUUGGUGGGGUCAGGUAAGAAGUCAGCGAGCCUUAGUGGGGGUGACGUGAAUGCCAGCCGGCCCUCUUGCGGUGGGUGUGGGGAGUGUGACAAGUGCUCCGCUGUGUCGGGAGGGAAACCACAUAAACGGAGCUGAUGCCAGGCGCGGCGGAGACGCCGACACCACUAGUUAUACUAGUAUGAACCAUGCGGCUAGGGGAGGAGGGGCAGGGGAGGUAGUCUACACAUGUAUUUGCCAUUGAUGUACAAAUGUAGCCGUGUCGUCAUAACUCACGUUAUCUGUUCCUGCAAUCAAUAUUCAACUAUUUAUUGCACAAUUUUAAGGUUAUUUUUUGCUUUGACGUACUGACGUCAUAGUAUGAGUGUGACGUAAAUUUUAAGAACAUACGCCACGGAUACGUUUGUACAAAACGACUGAAGUAUGUAAAGAGAUCGAACUUUGCAGUUUUUUUGUUUUUAUAGUGUUCUACUGUCAUUUCAUUUUGAAACGCUUAGAUCUGAAACUGUUAUUUGAAUCUCGAAUGAAUUAUUCUGAAAAGUUUUACUAAUAUUUCUCAGUACCACGCAUUUUAAAACUUUGUAUGCUCUAUUUCCAUUAUAAUAAUUGUCAUUCUGACUUAUUUUUUGUGAAGCUUGAUCUUUUUUAGAUACUCCGUGUAAUUCAAUGCGAUAGUCACGCUAUGUCCCCUGAGAAGGCCUCGCUCUCCUAGAGUUAUGUUAUAGCUUUGUUCUGGAGCUUAUGUUGGUAGCCCCAAACUCUCACACGAUGUUGUGCUAGUACUGGGAACGAUUCAUAGAUGGCGCUCGUUAAUUAUGCUAAUAUUUUACGCCAAAUAAGUUUUGCUAGAUAAAAUUAGAGGCUGUGAUUCAAACAUGUGUUGCAGUACAAACGCCUUCCGUUUCAAUGGUAAUAUCUACCGACAUUGGCUCCAAUCAAAGCGAAAAGACUGCUUGUUGGUGGCUCCAUCUGUUGAUGGGAAAUGUAGUUGAUGUUGUUCGUGUGCGAUGUUAGAUGGUGCUGUUACUAAUUUUGGUCGAAACCGAAAUUAAUUAAAGCUCAUCGAGUAAAGUCGUUUAGGUAGAAAUAUUAUAAUGAAAUUGAUACGGCCACGUUAAAUAUAAAUAUAUAUUUCUAAGUCAUUAUUGUAUACAGAAUUCAUAAACGAAUAUUUAAUGAAUAUUUUGACUUCGAAUAGUUACCGGUAAUCUCGAUUGUUGCCUCAAUUUUCCUCUAGAAUUGACAUUUUGAAUAGAAUGACGUUUCACGGCCUAGCCAACGAACUCGUAAUGAACGAGUUUUCGCUUAGAAAUAAUCUUCCAAUAAAUUAUAAAAUGAGAAGUCUCAUUUUUGCAUUUUGUUUUGUAUUUAAAAAUAUAUAAAGUAUAGCCUUCUACCAAAGCACAAUGGUAAUGGUCAGCAGUUAUUUGUAUUUAUAUUUUCUAUUACUUAUUUCUACGUUAUAUAUUUAAAGUUUUAUGGGAACGGGACAUUCCCGACUCGAUCCUGGAGUCGUGUCAAGCAUUAUUGACAUAACUAAUUUUAGGUAUCAAAAUUCUUAUGAUUCUCGCCGGGAGUUCAGAAAAAAACUUGCCCCAUAUAACAUAGUGAUAUAGAAUUAUAGUGAAAUUGUUAUUUCUCUACGUACUUGCUAUGUAUGUUGGCUUAUAUACAAGUAUAUGUAACUGCACAAUAUACUUCAUAGGUGUAGCUUUUGCUGUCUAUCAAUUGAAUGUUACAUGUCAUUAAAGCAUGUUUUGGUAGUAAGGUAGAUUACUACAAUCAUUGUAAAGACGAAACAUGUCGGGUACAUAAAUUUUCAAAACAAAUAAAGUCAGUAGUUGCUCCAAACAGGAACAGGAAUUGAUCAAGUCACUGUUAUUUUGUGUGGCGCUAGUGUCGUUUUUAGGUCUUGUUGACUAUUAGUUUUAUCAAAUGAAUGUCUAGUUAGUAAUAGAAUACUACUUCUACUCGUUACUAGUGAUAACAUGUUAAUUCUAUCGUUACGAGUAAUGAAAUGGUUUAUUCAUUAACUUUUAAGAGUUUAUAAUGUUAACUAUGGCAGCUUCAUAUUUUUGCUAAAUAAACUUUAAAAUAAUAAAAUGUCUUGUUCUCAAUAAAUAUGAUCUACCUUACUGUCAAAAUGCGCUGCGAGUGAUGUGCGACUCGGAAAGUUUCUAU